AUGAUCGUUUGCGAUCGAUGCCGACUGCGGGAGCACUUUGACUGCGCUGGUGUGAUUGGAUCGACACCGAGUCGGCCGUAUAUCUGCAAGCAGUGCCACGGCAAAAAUGCAGCAAACUCGAAUAUUUCAUCACGGUUGCGUUCGCAAUCGAGACGAGUACCGUCGGGUGAUGCAUCGGGCAGCAAACCUCCCUCGCACAUAGGGAGCAAGGUUUCGUCGAUGGCAUCGAGCAAUCGCUCGUCGAUCAUGAAGGCGCAAUUGGAACUAAUCGAAGAAGAGGCGAAGAUGAAACAGAAAGAGAUAGAGGAAGAAGAAGAGUUGAAGAAGCUGGAACAUGAAGAAGCCCAGAGACAGUUGGAAGAAAAGAGGAAGCAGAUGGAAGAGCAGAAGAAGUUGGCUGAAGAAGAAUCACUUUUGCGGCAGCGUAAAUUGGAAGCUGACAAGGCACGCAUGCUGAAACAGCAGCUAAUACGCAGAGAAUCGCUGGAGAAGAAAAACGAAGUGAUCCUGCAAAUAUCCGAACGUGGUAGCGUGGUCGAAUCUACAACAAAUUCCCGAGAGAAGGUUGCGAAUUGGUUAGCUGUGAACUUACCCCACGGGACGCCCGAAAGAAAUACGCUUGGAAAACUUAACAAUCCCCAAGCCGAUUUAGUUUCUUCGGCCCUAAAUGAAGCUUCGCCCAUCGAUGUACCAGGAGGAACGGAGAUCCCUUCCACAGCACAACCUCCACGUGAAGUAUCCGUAGAAGCUCGUCACCCACCUCCGCCGUCUCCUUCCGGUUUGCCGAUCGUUUGCUCCGCUGCCAAUCUGAAUUUGCCUCAAGCAAGUUACCGUGCCGGAUGUCAGGAAAUUCGUUCUUCCACAGUCCGUGAGCCUUUCCAGCAGUUUGUGACCGCUUCAAGACCUCUACUAGCGAUUACCCCAGUAGUUCACCCAGAUGCUCCGGCGUUUAAUCAUUCUUGCACUUCUAAUGAUGUCGGAUAUGAUCGGCAUCAACCGAUACGUCAUCGGCAUGUACCAGCAUGGACUACUUCGGUGCAGUACGAUGCUGUUCCAAAUCCUUCUGCAGCACACCAAUCACCGCAGCCCCGUCCGGUCCGUCACGACAUGUUCACGGAGCCGGUCCAGCAUUUCCCGGAAUCAGCGGCAAAUCAUUCUCCAGCACCCCGACCGAUGAAUCUUCUAGAGCAUAUCGAGCAACCAGGGGCCCUCAGCUCGCAGCAAAUAGCCGCGAGACAGGUCGUCGGUAAAGAUCUGCCACCCUUCGGCGGAAACCCAGCUGAUUGGCCGAUGUUCAUCAGCAGUUUCGAGCAGUCCACAGUAGCGUGCGGGUAUUCAAAUGCUGAAAAUCUUGUUCGGCUACAGAGGUGCCUCACCGGACACGCGCGAGAUGCAGUACGCUGCAGACUUUUGCUUCCUGCUAACGUACCGCAAGUGAUCAACACACUUCGCACAUUGUACGGCCGUCCGGAACUGCUCAUCCGGUCCCUACACGAGACGAUUCGACGAACUCCUGGGCCCAGACAUGAUCGUCCGGAAUCAAUUCUGGAGUUUGGUUUAGCGGUACAAAAUUUCGUUGACCACCUUCAAGCCGCGAACCAAGAGGAGCAUCUGGCCAACCCAAUGCUCAUGCAGGAGCUAGUCGAGAAGCUGCCAGGGCCCAUGAGGAUGGACUGGGCCACGUUCAAAAACCUACAACCACGAGCCACUGUCCUAACGUUCGGAAAAUUCAUGGGCAAGCUAGUCACCGCGGCAAGCGAAGUGAGUUUCGAACUUCCGGGCUUCCAAAAGGAGUUGAACAGCGAAAAGCAGCAGCGUCUCCGAGAAAAAGCAAGGAUUCAGGCUCACGCAACCGAAAGUGCUCCGUCACUCAAAUCUACAACAGAAAGCACACGCAAACCACCAAAAACGUGUCGCAUCUGUGAACGUGAGGGCCACCGAGUUGCUGAAUGCUCGGAGUUCAAGCACCUAAACAUGGAGGAUCGAUGGAAGGAGGUACAUGACAAGGGCCUCUGCCGGACUUGCCUCAACAACCAUGGCAAAUGGCCGUGUAAGUCGUGGCAGUGGUGCGGAUUUGCAGGAUGUCGACUCAAACACCAUACCCUUCUACACUCUUCGUCUGCUCCCGUUACAUCCACUCAUUCUAUGAAUGUGUCAUCGGGGAGCUCCCUGGGAGGACACACGCUCUUUCGGGUUCUGCCUGUCGUACUCUAUGGAAACGGCAAAAGCCUUACUGUUUUCGCUUUCAUUGACGAGGGUUCACAAAUCACGAUGUUGGAAGAGAAAGUUGCCAAGGAACUUGACCUUUCUGGACCUAGAAAACCGCUUACUCUGCAGUGGACAGGAAACGUGAAGCGCAAUGAAUUGCGAUCUGAAGAAGUCAGCCUUAAAAUAUCGGGAAAGUGCAGUGCGAAUCGCUACGAUCUCCACCAGGCACGCACUGUAAGCAGUCUACUUCUGCCGGCACAGCGUUUCAACUACCAAGAGAUGGCCAUGCGCUUCCCUCAUCUCAAGGGACUUCCAAUAGAAGAUCACGAUGUAGUUCAACCGAAGUUGCUGAUAGGCCUAGACAAUCUGCGUCUCGGUGUUCCUCUGAAGCUGCGUGAAGGAGGACCGUUCGACCCAAUAGCCGCCAAGUGUCGACUAGGUUGGGGAGUCUACGGUCGCACAUCGACGGAACCAGUGGCUAGGGCAUCUGUUAACUUCCACACCUCAGCAGCCUCGAGUUCGGACGACCUUUUGAACGAGCAGCUGCGUGACUUCUUUACAUUGGAGAACAGCGGAGCCGUCAAUACAAACGAGAAGCUUGAGUCUGACGAGGAGAAAAGAGCGAGGAAACUACUGGAGAACACAACUAAACGUACAGCUCUCGGCUUUGAAACUGGGCUUCUGUGGAAAAUCGACGAACCGAGCUUUCCAGAGACAUAUCCGAUGGCUAUCCGACGAAUGAAGGCUCUGGAGAAGAAAUUUUGCUGUAAUCCUUCGAUGAUGCAGCGGAUUUACGAGCAGCUGUGCGAUUUCGAACAAAAGGGCUACGUGCGAAAAGUCAGUGAAUCGGAGGUGGCUGCUAUUGACCAUCGGAAGACUUGGUUUCUUCCCUUAGGAGUGGUCAUUAACCCAAAGAAACCUGGGAAAAUGCGUCUGAUAUGGGAUGCAGCAGCCAAAGUCGCUGGGGUCUCGUUCAACUCGUACCUGUUGAAAGGACCCGACCUUCUCACACCUCUACCCAGAGUACUCAGCGGCUUCCGACUUUUUCCGAUAGCAGUUUCGGGGGAUAUCAGGGAGAUGUUUCUCCAAAUUAAGUUGCAAGCGAGUGACCGGAACGCUCAGAUGUUUGUAUUCCGGCGCAAUCCCGAUGAAGCCGUUCAGGUCUACGCCAUAGAAGUCACCAUGUUCGGUUCCACCUGCUCUCCAUCUUCUGCCCAGUUCGUGAAGAACGCUAAUGCCGAGCAGUAUGCGCAACACUACCCUCGAGCAGCUGCGGCCAUCAAAGAGCACCACUACGUAGACGACUACCUGGACAGCUUCCGGACAAUUGACGAAGCCGUACGAGUGGUAAACGAUGUCAAGUUCGUCCAUUCCAAGGGCGGGUUUGAGAUUCGCAACUUUUUAUCGAACGAAGACGAAGUUUUAAGACGAACUGGGGAGAUCGAACCAGAUUCUUCAAAAGACUUCGCUCUUGUACGUUCCGAGACGACCGAAUCAGUGCUCGGGAUGAAAUGGAUUCCAGCGGACGACAUCUUCACGUACACCUUCUCAAUCCGUGACGACUUGAAGCCAAUCCUCGAUGAGAACCAUGUCCCAACGAAACGUGAAGUUUUGAAAGUGGUAAUGAGCCUUUUCGACCCACUGGGAUUCGUUUCAUUCUUCCUGGUCCAUGGAAAAGUAUUAAUGCAGGACGUCUGGGCCUCGGGGAUCGGUUAG